AAACAACAACAACAACAUUCUUUUAUUUGGCACAGAAAGAACUACUCCAGAGACAAAUGCUGCUGGGGUGCUUACACAUCAGCCUUUUUUUUUCUGGCGCUGAUCUCAGCCAUUCACUCAGUUUUUACAGAGAAUCCAGAUGGCAUUGUUUCCAGAUAUAAGCUAUAGGUUGCUUGUCCUAUUGUAUGACAUGGUUUGCAGCAAUUUCCCUGACUUUAAGUGCAAUUGCCAUGCCACCCUUUGACGUAGUGACUUUGACAAAGUGCUGUUGACUCAUCUAGUGUGGAAGUGAGGUCAAUGACCAUGACACAGUUUGUGAUGGCAUUGCUGAAACCUGGAUCUCUGCUUUCUUUGCUUUACAACUGGGAUGGGAAGCCUUAUUUUUUUAACCCAAGGGCUGAAUUGCCUCCUGGGCAAGCUUCUGGGGGCCACAUCCUGGGGUGGGUGUGGCCAGCGGCAAAAGCAAGUAGAGCAAUGCAUAUGACUCUUACUUUGUAUAGCAGACUGCAUUCCAGCCAUGCCAAAGUCAGAGGUUUCUACAGUCACACACCCCUCUCUGUGCUCCAAGAAGGCAAGGAAGAGGCAUGAUCACAGUUCGAGGACAUAUUUCAGUUAUGCAAGAGCACUAAAUGAGGGCAUUGGAGCAGGGCUGGUGAUGGGUGUGGUGGCCUAGGGAGAGGGGUUGUGACCUGUCAAGAGUCUCAAGAGCCAUUUAGAGAGACUGGCUGUUCUGCAUCUUGCCUGUACAGUUUCCCUUUGCACCACCACUAUUUCUUGUUGAUGCCCAUCAAGCCCUUUCCCACAAGCCAGAGUUUUGCGGAUCAGCUGAGAGAGGAGGCAGGGAAUUAAAUUUGGUUCCCAAACAUCUGAUUGGGGGUGGUGGCAGGAUUUUUGUCUGUGUUGGCCGGAUGUUCCUCCAUUGCUUUUCAUUUUAAAACAGAAUAAUGAAUAUGUAGAAAUAAAAACGAGCCCUUAAUUUGCAAAUGCUCUAACAGUUGGGCAGAGCUCUCCAGAUGGGACUACAGCUCCCAUCAUUCCUGCUCACUGGACAUGCCAGCUGGAGCUGAUAGGAGUUGUAGUCCAAACGCAUCUGGAGGGCACCUUCUUUGUUCAGCAAUGUUUCCCCAGUGUUACAGCAUUAUUGGGGGGCUAUAAAGCCAGAACAUUUGUGGUAUAAAAAGUUUGGGGAAUUCAGCAGGAAGGGAUGCACUGAUUGGAUAUGAAGCUGUGCCACCACCCCAAAAAUUUUGCAGGCUGAAAUGGUAUUGAAAGUGGGAUGAUAGCAUUAUGAGCACAAAUAUUAUUAAUGUGUAAUAGAAAGAACUUAAUAGGUAACUAGUCUUUGCUUCCGUUUGACAGAUGAGAAAAGCAGAGGCUGAAGCAGCUGUACAGUCCAACAAACCACUCCAAGUCUUUAGUAAGAACUGGAAGUUGAAUGUUGCAGGUCCAAAUGCAAACAAGAAUCUUUCUACAGCCGCACGAAUCUCUUUAUAUUCUUUCGGCUUCAGAAAGGUCUUGUGACUCUGGGCAGGCGACGGCCGCGAAGCUCCUCCGAAGCGGGGCUUUCCUUGUGUGAUCGUUGGCCGCGAGCCUGAGCAAGGAGGGAGAAGAAGCCCUCCCUCCCUCCCUCCUCCCCCCAAUGCAGAUUUUGGCGCGCGGGGUGGGGGAGAGACAGGCGAGGGGGCUGGUUUAUUGUGGAAGCCGCCGCUGCUGGUGGCGCGGAGGAGACCCACCUCCAGGGAGGGAGGGAGAUGGCGCUACCGAGUUCGCAGCCAAACUUUGCACAAGAGGCGGCUGCUGCUCCUCCACCCGGCCGAAGUUAGCUCUGGAGCGGGACGCGGCUGGCAACCGUCUCCAGCCUUUGCCCGCAGGAGCGCCCCACGCCAAAAAACAACCCCCCUCCGCCAGCAGCAGCCCGGAUCCCAGUCCCUUCCCACCCAUUCCUAAAGUGGCGGCGACGGCGGCAGCAGCAGCAGCAAGUCUGCAGAUGGGAACCAACUAAUCGCAGCCAACUCCGGCAGCCCGUCUCCCUCCCAGAGCGUGUCCGGCCACCCGGCGCCUGCAGGAUGAGCGAUCAGCCCUGGGGAGCCUCCCGCAGCCGCCGCUCUCGACCGGGCGGGGACUACCCGAGGGCAAAAUGAGCGAUUAUCCGGAGAAGGAGGCGCCGAUCUCGCGCAAGCAGCGCUUGAUGGCCGCGAUCGCGUCCGGGGACGAGCGUGCAGGAGCAGCGGCGAGUGGCAGCUGCUGUCGUGCCGAGUCCCCGGCGGCGUUGGCGGCGGCUGCCUCCGCCUCCUCCGACGCGGCGCUCUGCUGCUUCAUCUGCGGCGGCGGGAUCAGCCGGGGCAAGGAGCUGAAGCUGCAAGUGAAGUACCCCCGCGACAACCAGCCUUUUUUCCCUUUCCUGCAGCACCAGGAGCCGGCGCCCGGGGCGCAGGAGGUGACUCCGGAGGGCUGCGCCGUGGUGUGCGCCGUCUGCCGCUGCUUUCUGGCGGAGCAGUGGGACUCCUUCGAGAGGACGCGCACGCCGGUGGAAAAGCGCAUGUAUUGGCUGAAGCGGCCCUACCAGUGCGACGGGCCGGCGGGGGGGCCCGGCGGGCUGCGCAGGGGCCCCCAAGAGUGGAACCUCUCCUACGUGCUGGGCGCCGACGACGAGCGGCGUCCUAGUAGCAGCAGCGGCCGGAGCCAGCCGGCCGACGACGACGAGGAAGAAGGUUGCGGCGCCGGCGGCGAAGACUCUGAGCUUUCCUCUCUCUCUGACGCCGGUAACCUCUCGGAGCCUGACCUGCGUUCCCCCAGCCGGAACAGCGGCGCCAAAGGCAGUCCGGGUUACUGGCGCGUCAAAGAGCGCGCGGUGCCAAGCGCGCACAUGGGGAGCCGCGCCAGUUACCGCGAGUGGAACCAGCCGCCGCCGCCACCCCCAGAGGAGGCGGCGAUGGCGGCGGCCCCCUUGCGCCCGGGGAACGGGCUGCCACCGGCAGAGAAGCCUCGGAGGAAGAGGCAACGGCGGGCAAGACUCUGGGGAGCCGAGGCGCCGAUUUGGAGAGCUGCUCAUGGCGCGCCAGGAGGCAGCGGCGGGAGCGCACCGGGGGCCUUCAAUACAGCAGGAAGAGGCGACGGGUUGGUGGGCAAGCGACCCCCGGGGGAAAGUGGCCGAGAGCUUUCCAGUUACUGCUCCUCCGAGGAGAGCGAGAUCAAUAUCACCAGCGACGAGGAGCAAAAAGAGAAUGGCAGCGCCCUCCUAGCGCCCAGACCUCUCUGGGGGGCAGAGCCGCCAUCGGUAGGAGAAGUCGUUUGCUACGUUUGCGGCUCCCUCUUGACGUCUACUUCCCAGCACAGGAUUCACGUGCAAAAGCAGGAGAAAGCCUCUAAGGCGCCUUUCUUCCCCUUCCUGUGGUUGCACAGCCCUCCUCCGGGGGCUUUACCCAUCAGCACCGCUGGUAGCACCUUAGUGUGUUCUUGCUGCUUCGCUUCCCUCAUGCAGCAGUGGCAAAGCUUUGAGUUGGCCAACGUGCCUGUCCUGCAGCGGCUCUAUGUAGUACCUCUGAACGCUGUAGCCCCCAAGGCUAAGAGGGAGACUCUUCCAAGAGAGGAGGUAGUGCCUGGACCCCUGCAGCUUCUCCAGGAAGCAUGCUACCUCUGUGGGGAGGAUUGCACCAAGGAUGGCCGGUCAGUCUCUGCCAAGAUCACCAACGGCAAUGCCAAAACAACCAUGCACUUCCCCUUCCUCAGCCUCCUUCCUUGCCCUCCCAAUGCCAAAGGUCUCAACAAGCACUGGGAGGUCCAUAGCUGUCGGAAAUGUUAUGGUGUGCUGCAGGACCUGUGGGCCAUGUACCGGGCUUGCCACAAUGAGGAGUUCAUCACUUCGGUGCAGAGCUUCCUGGGCAGGUAUCACCAGGUCUUUUCAGCUGGGGAGUCCAACAGCAUUGCCCGGCAUCCUGGUUUGGCCAAAGUGGGCUUGGUGUCCAUUUGCUACAUCUGUGGAGCUGAACUGGGAGCAGGGAAGGAGUUUCACAUCAGUGUCAACCCUCCAGGCCGCUUUGGCGAGAAGGAGCCAUUCUUCCCAUUCCUCACAGUUUACCCACCAGCUCCUCGGGCUAGGCCUGUCGAUUCAACUGGAAUAGUGGCCACAUGUGUGCUCUGUUACCAUGAUCUCUUGGGGCAGUGGAUGCAGCAUGAAAGCAACCAUUCCCCCCAUCCAAGCAGCGCCUGGUCCAGGCAGUACAAAGUGGAGACUUUUGUCUGCUUCUUCUGCAGGCAAGAGAAGAAACGAUGCCUUGGAUUAAAAGCGGUGCAAGUUGCCAGGCUGCCAGUGUUCCUGUGCUCUUUACGGGUGCCUAGCAGCUUGCUGGUGGAUGACGGUAAGCAGCUGACCAUCGGAGCAUGCGCUGAGUGUUCCGUACUGGUGCUGGCUGGCAAAAACACAGUGUCCAGAGAUCUCUUUGCUGCACCUGCAAUGGCACCAGCUUCUCUCCAAAAGGUAAGCUGCCUGGUUGACCUUCCAGUGGAACUGGAAUUAUCUGCUGUUGCUCUUCUGCGAGCUUUGGCUGGAGACAGGUGCCAAACUGUUGCUUUCUAGCAAACCAGCCGCUCCAGAGUCAUUGACCUCAUGACUCUUAAAAACCCCACCAUGGAUCUCUGUCAAGGUGCUUGGGAGAACUGUAAGCAUGUCUCUCCUUUUUUUAAGCAAGCACUGGCUGCUGGAAGGCUUUCUCUUAGGUGACUCACUCAAGACCAGAAGCUAACAAGAAUUCUAAUGCUGGUGCCAUUCUACUCCUGCUACAAAAUCCUAUUAGGGAUUAGCUUCAACAUUAGUUUUUUAGAGCCUUAAGAGAACUCCACAGUUUCCCAACUAUGAUGCAAAGUGCUUUUUUCCUGAGGUGUUUUUCUGUUAAUGGGCAUAUCAGGUGGUCCCCCCCCCCCCCCGUGCUAAUUCAUGUAUCUUCAGAAUACAGGUACAACGGCUGGAAAGAAUCCCAGAAGCAGAGCCAUGGUAGGCUGUGGCAGCGCAAUGCAGAGUUCCAUGUCACAAUAAACUAAUUAGUAGUGCACAGGACUUUCUGGAGGGCACUCCCAUGCACACUUAUGGUUUAGGUGCCUUAAAAGAGUGAAUCUACAGAAGUUAGUAGUCCACCAAAUGUGGGCUAAAAGCCAUCCCCUCUCCUUCAUGGCUGUUUUGCUCAGCAUUUAAAUGUUCUUGUCCAGUUUGUCACUUAUGCUAGGAAUUUGUGGCUUAACAAGAAAACAUUUGUAAAUCAUACUUGCCUAAUAGCCUGAAGGCAGGUCCUCAGGUGGCUGAGUGGCUGUUAGAAAGCUGAUUAUAGUGCUUUUAGUGCUUUUUAUUUUAUAUACUAGCUGUUUACAUUUCUCUAGUUGCUUAGUCUUCCAGGUGUGCAGUUCAGCUCCACAGUGUGCAGAUGUCCCGAUGCUCGUCUAGCAGCAGAUUCCAAAGCAUUAUGGGUAAGGGGGGGUCUAAUCCCUGCCAGUCAGUUCAGUGUGGAAGGUGGGAAAGUAAUGGGAGUCAGGCUUCCAAAUAAACAUGUGAGCAACCAGGAACGCCAGUAG